AUGGGACCAGCAGGACGAGAUUCAUGCUCUAAACAAGAAAAUCCAAGGUAUGGUUCUAGAUCAAGAGAUAGAGAUGCAAGUUCAUCAUCCAAGUUCGGGAAAGAGCGAGAUGCGCGGGAUAGCAAUGUUAAUACAAAGACAAAGAUUGGUGAUUACAGUUUCAAUAUUAGCACUUCUGAGUUGGUAGCUGUUUUAAGAAGUAUGGGAGAUAAGGUGUGGUGGCUAAAAGAAAUGAGAUCAAACCCUAGCAGAAGAAAUCCAGAUUUCUGGUGCGAGUUUCAUAACGACCACGGUCAUAAAACAACAGAUUGCAGAUUGCUACAAGGUGAAAUAGAGCAUUUGUUAAAACAAGGUUAUUUAACCAAUUUAUUUUGUGAGAAGGGUAAGCAAACGUAUAUGAAGAAUAGACAAGAGCCACCGAAACCUCCAUCACCAAAAAGGACGGUUAAUGUGAUAAGCAGAGGAGAAGAGGUCAACGGCGUGGCAUAUACGGCUGCAAAAAAGACAUCAAAAGUCACGGUUACCCACGGAAAGCGGGUUCGCCAAGUUUUAGAAGAAGACAGUAGCUCCGUAAAUAUCAUUCUUCUGAGGGUGGUAAACAAGAUGCAAGCUGAUGACACAAUGGUGCCCAAAGCACGUACCUUAUCUGGAUUUGACAAUUCAAGCAUUGUUACAAAAGGAGAAAUAGUGCUUACCACAUUUGUAGAAGGAGCUGUCAAAGAUACGAAAUUCCAAGUAAUAGAUACGGACAUGGCGUAUAAUAUGAUUCUGGGUAGGCCUUGGAUUCAUGAUAUGGAUGUUGUUCCAUCUACUUUGCAUCAAGUUAUAAAAUUCACUUCACAAUGA